AUGGACUCUAGUCCAACUGAGCUCUAUCUGCCCCAUACGUUUCCCUACCCAAUAAAGGUCACUUCACUCGACGCACAGCCAAAGUCCGAGCUUAAACGCGGCACUCGUCUCCUCAGCUAUUCCUUCGUAUAUCUCCCACCAACUCCGGAUGCACAGCCAGAGACGCGGUUCGGCACCUGGGACUCCGCCAUCGAGGGCACCCUCAGCGCCUGGAAUAUAAAGCCCGGCGAUGUCAUUUCACAGAAGAAAGCUAAAGACAAGGCCGUCGUUGUGGUCAUCGAGCCGUGCAAACACGGCAUACAGCUCGGCGGCCUUUGCGUGCUAUGCGGAAAGGAUAUGACCAACGUUGAUUACACAGGCUUCUCUGACGCCUCGCGUGCGUCUAUUCAGAUGACCCACUCCGCGUUCGGACCCACCGUGUCAUUCGAGGAGGCCCAGCGCAUCGAGCGGGAGACUGCAGAUCACCUUCUCAAAUCCCGAAAGCUCUCCCUCAUCGUCGAUCUUGAUCAAACCAUUGUCCAUGCUACAGUUGACCCCACAGUCGGCGAAUGGAUAGCAGAGGGCGAAGCAUGGGAGGCAAGGCAGACCAGUAAGGCACCGCCGACUCCCAAAGAAACAGGCGAGACUCCAGAUGAUGCCGACGACGAGUGCAACCCAAACUGGGAAGCCCUCAAGGAUGUGAAAAGCUUCAGGCUAGGCCCAGAGUCUUUCGGUCCACCAGCACUGCGUAACGCACAUCGAGGCAAGGGCAAGCAGAAAAUGGUCGAAAACGAAGGGUGCAUGUACUACAUCAAGCCACGUCCGGGAUGGAAAGACUUCUUGCGCGAGACGGCCAAGAAGUACGAGAUGCACGUAUAUACCAUGGGAACUCGAGCAUAUGCGGAAGAAGUAGACGAGAGUGGCAGUUUAACACAGAAAAGUCUGCAAAGAUUGUUUCCCUGUGACACUUCGAUGGUUGUGAUCAUCGACGACCGAGCUGACGUAUGGGAGUGGAGUCCAAAUCUUAUCAAGGUCAUUCCAUACGACUUCUUUGUCGGAAUCGGCGACAUCAAUUCAUCUUUCCUGCCGAAAAUUGAACCGCUAACAACCGCCGUACCAAUCUCUACUCCAGAUGUCAAAGCUACCGACGGGCCAAACGGAUCAUCGAGUUCUUCAGUAGCCGUCGGGGAUGUACCACCUCCUACACCAGUCGAUACAUCGCCAUCUAUUCCCCUGACGCCAGCUGAAGUUGAGAAGGCGGAGCUAGAAACGACUGUUAUGCAGACGAAGAACAACGCUGCUCUUGAUGCUCAGCUAGAGCAGCGACCCCUGGCGAAGAAGCAGGAAGAGUUGCAAGAACACGAGGCACAGACACAACAGCAAGCAUCCAGUACUGUCCCAGUCAAAGAGCCGUCACCAAAGCCCGAGAAGCUGCCCAAGAAAGCCCUGCUAAAGAAUGAUGAUUACGAGUUGGGCAGGAUAGGCAAACUCUUGAACGAGGUCCACUCGCGAUUUUUUGCCGUAUAUGAUGCGCGUUCACCCGAGAACGCCAGACGGAAGACAGGGCCUUCGAGUAGAGCGUAUGAUGUAACACGUAUCAUACCUCGGCUGAGGUCCGAAGUGUUCGAAGGAGUCCAUAUCCUGUUCUCAAGUGUAAUUCCAUUGGAUACGAAGCCCGAAACGACGGAAAUCUGGCGGAUGGCACACAUGUUCGGUGCUCGCUGUUCAACAGAGCUGACGAACGACAUCACGCACGUAGUCGCCGCAAAGCGCGGGACUGUUAAAGUCGACAUGGCGCGAAAGCGCGGCGGCAUCAAGAUCGUCUGGCUCGCCUGGUUCACCGACUCCAUCGCUCUCUGGCAGCGGCAAGACGAGAAACCCUACCUGCUCGACGACCCUCCCAAUCCCGGCGGCCCAAGCUCAAGCCCCAUCGCCGACCACAACAGCCAACUCGCAUCCUCCGACCUCGACGUCGACUCGGACGACUGGGACCAGGAACCAGCAUCCGACAUGAAGGGGACAGGUGCGCUCCAGCUCUCCAACAUCAAUUGGGAUGACAUCAACGAUGAGGUCGAGGCCGCGAUGAAUGAGAGCGACGAUGAGGAUGAGGGCAGGAGCGAAAGGAGUUAUUCGAUGAACGCGUCCGAGGAUGAGUGGACGGAGGACGCGAACAGUGCGACUGGGAGCGUGAAUAACACUCCGAAGACCCGAAAGCGAUUACGCAGCAUAACACCGUCGGACGGAGGCGUUGCUAACGGAGACGAUGGCUACCUACAUUCUCCUUUAGCGAAGAGGAAGAAACUGGCUGCAGAACGCACCGGUCAGUCAAGGCUGAAGGAGGGUACGACUGCUGAUGACAUUACCUCAACACCAUCGAGCAACGGCUCUGCACGACCUAGUCCGAGAAUAUCACAACCACAGGACGACAUGACAGAAGAUGACAGCGACGACGAGGACGAAUAUGAAGAGGACGAAGAGGACGACUUCCUAGCCCGUGCACUACAAGAAGAGGAAGAGGUCGGAUAG